CCGUAUUCAGAUUAAAAACCCCGCCUCCUCCACUCUGAUUGGACGAAACGUCUCUCUGCUAGCGACUGCAAAAUAAGAACCAAUCCUAGCUCAGGAGUGUGGAUUUAGCUAGCCAAUGGGAGAAGCGGGAGGGGUUUGUGUAGGAACUACUAGCCAAUCCGGACACGAGACGCCGUUUGCGAGACAUCCAGCGCUAGAGCGGGGCUUGCCGGAAUACGGGCGGGAAGAAGGUCUCCUCCCUCCCGCCUCUCCAGGCUCCCUCUCUCCGCGCUGGCUCGCUGCAGAGUCGGCCCUGUGCUGUGCGGGAACCGCAGUGUGUCUCCGGCGGCGGCGCGGCUCUCUGCAGGAGAGCUGGGGGAGCGGUACGGACUGGGCGAGCCCGCGGUUUCUCCUCGCUGUUUCUGUACGGUCGGCUCUGCGCAGAGCUCCCGCUCGGAGGGUGAAUGAGGUUGAUGCUGCUCUGCUGCACCUGGAAGGACGAACGCAUGGGAGAGGACGAAGCUGGUGGAAGCUUGCCUGUGUGUGCAGGAUGCAGACAGCGCAUCUAUGAUGAGCAGUACCUCCAGGCGCUCAACACUGACUGGCACACAGUUUGCUUCAGAUGCUGUGAAUGCAGUGCCUCCCUCUCUCACUGGUACUAUGAAAGAGAUGGCCGCCUCUUCUGUAAGAAGGACUACUGGGCUAAGUUUGGCGAACUGUGUCAUGGCUGCUCUGAGACCAUCACCACCGGCCUCAUCAUGGUUGCAGGAGAACAGAAGUAUCACCCGGAGUGUUUCACCUGCCUGAACUGCCGGACCUUCAUUGGGGAUGGAGAUACGUACGCUCUGGUGGAGAGGUCGAAGCUCUACUGUGGACACUGUUAUUAUCAGAACAUUGUGACGCCUGUAACCCUGCCUGACUCGCCCUGCUCCCGCAUCCCCCACACCGUCACGCUAGUGUCCAUUCCUGCCUCCACUGACGGCAAGCGUGGCUUCUCCCUGUCUAUCGACCAGGGCACCAGUCCUAACGGAUACGGCCCUGACCACAACCACACAGUUCGAGUGUCUGAGGUGGAUUCAGAGAGCAUCAGCCCGGAUGUGAAGAACUCCAUACACGUAGGCGAUCGCAUCCUUGAGAUCAAUGGCACACCCAUCCGCAAUGUUCCCCUCGAUGAGAUUGAUCUGCUCAUCCAAGAGACCAGUAGACUUCUGCAGCUGACAAUUGAGCACGACCCCCAUGACCAGGGAGGCUCUGUGGAUCAUGUGGACGGCCCCACCCCACUCUCUGAGGGCCCCAGCCCUACCACCCCCAUCACACAGCCCCCGCACCAGGACGUCAACAACCUCCGCACACGCAUGAUCACGCGAAGCUACAGUAUUGAUAAGUCUCCGUGCUCCAGUAACGCCGCCUCCCCGCUCUCCCUGCGGAAGGAUAUCGGGCGCUCCGAGUCUCUCCGUGUGGUGACCAAUCGCACACACAGGAUCUUCAGACCUUCUGACCUCAUCCAUGGGGAGGUGCUGGGCAAGGGCUGCUUUGGCCAGGCUAUUAAGGUGACCCACAGAGAGACGGGCGAGGUGAUGGUGAUGAAGGAGCUGAUCCGCUUUGACGACGAGACGCAGAUGACCUUUCUUAAGGAGGUGAAAGUGAUGAGAUGUUUGGACCACCCAAAUGUGCUGAAGUUCAUCGGGGUCCUCUACAAAGACAAGCGGCUGAACUUCAUCGCUGAGUACAUCAAAGGAGGCACCCUGAGAGACAUCAUUAAGAAAAUGGACAGCAACUAUCCUUGGAUUCAGAGAGUGAGCUUUGCCAAGGACAUAGCCUCUGGGAUGACUUACCUGCAUUCCAUGAACAUCAUCCAUCGUGAUCUCAACUCGCACAAUUGUCUGGUUAGAGAGAACAACAGUGUUGUGGUGGCAGACUUUGGCCUGGCUCGCCUCAUGGUGGAGGACAAGAACCAGGACAAACUGGGGAAGAUCCAGGGAAUGAAAAAGCCAGACAGGAGGAAGAGAUACACGGUGGUGGGAAACCCCUACUGGAUGGCUCCGGAAAUGAUUCACGGAAAAAGCUACGACGAGAAAGUGGACAUCUUUUCCUUCGGCAUCAUGCUGUGUGAGAUCAUAGGGCGAGUGAAUGCAGACCCGGACUACUUGCCCAGAGCCAUGGACUUCGGCCUCAAUGUGAAGGGAUUCCUGGAACACUAUUACCCUCAGGACUGCCCCUCUACCUUCUUCCCCAUGGCUGCCCUGUGUUGUGACCUGGAUGCAGAGAAAAGGCCUGCUUUCGCUAAGCUUGAGGAAUGGCUUGAGAACCUGAAGAUGCACUUGGAGAUGCGGCUCCCCGUGGUCUCGGAGCUGGAGCAGGUUCACCGGGACUUCUGGCAGAAGAACCCUCCCGGCGAGAACAGGCUGCCCACUCACCGAGAGCAGCCCGAGUAGCCGGUCGGGGCUUGAGCAGAUGGUGUUUUCGCGCAGAAUGCUGAAGACCCUGCUGGCUGAAGGCUUUUGGGCAGUGGCACCGUGCCAUGGUGGACUGGCCUACUGCAGGGUUCUGCCCGUGUCGGGAGGUCCAGAAGAAGAUUUUGGCUGCCCUGGCAGUGGAUUCAGGGGGGCGGUUUUACGAGCAAAGUACCCAUUUCACUUCCCUCCCCCUGAAAAGCAGGACCGUCACUCCUUCAGCAUUCGCUUUUUAGCCUCUUCAGCGUCUCUGAUCUCUGAUUGGUCCAGGGAUCGUCCGUUGUGUGCGAUGGACGAAUUGAAACUUGAAACAAAUUGAAGCCACUGGAGGAUUAUUGAUGACAGCUACUUCUGAAAGGGUAUCUAUAACCAUCUGUAACCUUUGUAUCAUUCACCCUUCACCAACAUUCUUGGUCGAAAGGCUUUUUUUUUUUAGGGUGGACCUCCCUGUUUGAGAUGUUGUUGAGAAGUUUGUGUUUGAGAUGUUUACAGGUUCCUCAGCCUAUGCUUGAUUUCCCUCUGAUCUGAUUUACUGCUAAAUUGUGUGGAAAAAGGCUUACAGCUUCAAAACCUCUGCUAAAAGGGGGCGUUUCAAGGGUGGUGUAGUGUACAAAUCAAACAUUAGAGGAAAAAAAAGUAGUGCAUGAUUGUAGAUACUGUUUUCUUGCCCUGCUUUUAGUUUAGUUUUUUUUUUUUAUUCUUAAAAAGGUGGCAAUCGUUAGGGGUCUGAGCAGAUCCCUGUGAUUUUUUUUUUUUUUUUUUUUUUUUUUUUUUUUUUUUUUUUUUUUAAGUGUGAGUGUGUACAAAACGCUGCCUUUCCGUUUUGUCUAUCGCUCAGAGUGUUUCGUCCUCCAGGUACACUCGUUGUUCGUCUUGUUUGUUCGGUACAUCUGAUUUCUCCUUCACAUUCUUAUUCUGAGCUGUCUCGUCUCUCUCUGUGCACUUGAAGUGAGAAGAAAAAGAUAAAUAAGGCCCUUAAUGAUGUAUGUGUAUAUAGCUGGUUAUGUUACAUAUUGUAAAUGUUUUAGAUAUUGUAUAUGUACAGACAUUAUUUUGUAUACAGUUAUGACAUUGCCAUAUUUUUAUUGGGCUGCACGUUCAGGCUAAGGACCAGUCCUGCUUCCGUCACCCGAGAGGCUUCCUUUCCAUGCGUCCUGAGAGAUACAGCAGGCAUAGAAACUGCAGGAUUGUCCUCUAUGUCCGUGUAUGCGUAAUCUAAAAUUCAAAUCACUUUAUUUAGUGUCCAAAGGCAAGCAGACCAGUAGUAUAAUAACACUGAGCGACUCAGAGUCCUUCUUUAGUACCUCAAAAUGAGGUGCUGUUUUGAUGUUUUGACUUUGACUGCGUUUGUUCACGACCCAGUAGGAGGUGGCAGCAGGUUUCCUGUGAAAAAAAUUCCAUACAGUAUUCUCCAGAGGCUGUUACAAACUCACUGUUCCACUCUAGAAAGACACGCGUGUCUAUCCAUAUAAAUAAAAUAUAAUAUUAAUUGAUAAUUAAGAAAAAAACAGCUGGAGGUCUGUGCUGAUCAGCCUUGUUUAAAAUUUAAAUGCUUAUUGGUAUUGAUCUGAAUGGGUAUUCAAUUAUUUAUCAGUUAGCUGAAAUUCAUUCUUAUUAAGAUGAUUACAAAUAUGUGAUCAUGCACUAAAUAGUGUUAAUGUGUAAUAUUAUUACAGUUUCUCAUCACAUCUGUAACUGCAGUCAGUUACCGAGGACAAUUAUUUGAAUAUUGCAUUACAAGAAGCAACAUAAUCCCUAAUACACAUUUCUAAUCCAUCAGCAGCCAGAGAGAGCACAACCUGCUGUUCUCUCACUGGCUGGGUAGAUGGCGCUCUCUUUCCCCCUGCCCCAUCACUCAUAUGUAAUGCUGUCUGGCACAGGCAUCUGUUGGCUGCUGUAUCAGAGCUGGGGAUGCUGCAGUUAGAAUAGAGCUGUGCUGGCGUGAUGUAUCGGAGGAGGCGUGCGCUUGUCCUGACCUUCCUAGAGUCAGGAGCAUUACGUAGUUAAUUGGCUUGCUUAAUUGGGGGAAAUUUGAGUAAAUUAAGACUUUUACUAUUGCUGCCUUUAAGUGAAAGCUAAAUAUUUUUUUAAGAAUCAUAUUUUUAAGACAGUCAAAAUAUUUACUGGUAGUAAAUAAUUGUUCUUUCACUUGAGUAAAAAUCAUGUCACAUCAAGUCUCACAGUCUUUUAAGUAAUGUUGAGCAGUAUGACAAUAUUUUGUUGAAUCAUGAUAAAAUGUCUUAUUGUUAUAGACAGAUACAUAGAUAGAUAUACUGUUUUGAUAUCUAUAUUGUGGAUAAUGUUAGUGCUUAAACAUCACUGACCAAAUACACCUUUUUAUUACAGAGAGUGUAAUUAGUCCUGUUUAAUUAAUUAGAUGAAGUGCUAGAAAAAUUUCGAAUAUAAAUUAUUAAAUUAUAAAGCAUAAGAUUAUAUUUCAAUAGUAUGUUUUUAUCUACCACUGUUGGGGCAUUUUGUCUGUGUAUCAAAAUAUAGCAGCACUUUUUAUAGCAGAAUUUUUUUUUUUUUUUUUUUUUUUUUUUUUUUAAGAAGUGCUUAAAAGCAGCAUUAUUACAGGAUUUACUCAAAUAAGUAUUCCAGAUUGUUGUCUUUGGUAACUCUUGACUGUAUGUUAUAUAGUAUGUCAUAGACACCCUGUCCUGCUUAUUUGGCUAUGUUAAGAGCAGGGAAAGCUCUAAAAUGUGCAGGGCGAACAGCCUCCCCGACCAGGAUUGGUAUAGAACAGAAACACUGGUAUAGAAUAAAUCUGCUGGUAAAUAUUCCUGAAGAUUCCAGAAGCCCAAAGCCACCUCACUGCUGUCUGCCUGUAUCUCACUAUUGUGUGUGACUCCCUAUGGGAGACAUCCUGUUUACACGAAGCUGCUGGCUGUAAAUAUGUCCAUGUAUCUUUAUCAGUCCAGGCUUGUACCCUGUAUAAAUCUGUCUCUCUAUAUCUUUCUCUAUAUCUGCUCCUCCUCUUCUGCUGGGGAUCAGGCUAUCUCCGCUAGGUGUCCGCUCCUCCACUUCGAGCUCAGCUUUUCUUCUCAGUGAGAGAAAGAAAAACGCUGUUAUUCUGAAAGUAAACACACAGAGGAGGACCGUCGUGAAAGAAUGUGUACAGAUAGCGGUCACGGGCCAAGAGAUAAAAAAAGAAAAAAAAUAGAACACACAGCAUCUCUUUCUUUGUACAGAACCACUGUAAUCUCUUUUGUACAGAUUUUAGAUGAUUUUAUUUGCACUAAAUGAGAAAAUGGCCACCGAAAAAGAAAAAAAUGGCCGUUUUUUUUUUUUUUUUGUCCUUCUCUUUUUCGGUUAGGAUGAAACGAAUGCUGCGCCGAUUCUUAAACAAAUGCAAGUCACUGAUGGAGCCUUCUGUGAAAAGUUUAGUCCUGGGAAAGCCUUUCUUCUGAGUAGCAAACUGACGAGCGCUAAUAGGCCUCAAAACUAAGCCUGCCCUCAGCCACCACAACACACUGCAAACAAUGAUCUCUUAGCAAGUUAAAGCCUCUUCAGUGCAGACUGUACUAUAUAUCUAAUACUACACUUUUUUUUUGCUACUUUUAGGGGAUUUUGUCAACUAAAAUUUGAAUUUUUCUAUUAACAGACCAUUUUGCCUAAUUUAAAAAAUUGUUAGAUUGUCUUUAAAUAAAAUAAAACAAGCUGAAAUUAUCCACCAAUGAAAAAUGACCCUUCCAAUAGAUUAAAUUACUCACUAAACAAGUACAAAUAAGUUACUCAUAAGUUUAAUAAUCCUCUUUAAUAAGACUCUUACAGCAGUAUAAACAUUUGUAAUACACUUCAGAGGAUUUAACUUGCUAAGAUCUCAUUUAUUGAAGUGAAGAGUUUGUGCCUGUUUUUUUUAUUCAUAAAGCUCUUAUCUCUACACUCUAUUACUUCUCCCUUCGUUACUUUUAUCUGUAACGAUUCAGAUUUGCGGCACUUAAAUAGUACUUAUAAUGUAUAAAAUUACACAACUAAGACUUUCUGCUCUGACAAACAAAGUUUAUUGUAAAAACUAAAGAGCAUCAAACCAGUUUUGCACUUAGGACUUUUUUUUUAGGAUUUUUGCAGCUUCUCUUUAGAGUCGUGUACAAAAUUCUAAAAAUCUUAAGUCAGUUUUACUCCAAAAACUAAAGAAUAACAAAAACAGUUCAACUAAACUAAAUCAGAAAUGAUUGAUUUCUCUUGUUGAAAUCUAAACAUCACUGUGUUUCCAGGUAAUGUUUUGGCAUCUGUUAACACAGUCUAUUCAGAUAAAAUUCCCAGGAAUUUUAAAAAGUCUUAUUCUGGGAAUCUUUGCUUUCUAAAGUUUGUUUUCCCAUUUUGUAUUCAGUAAACACAAAAUUAAAUUUCUCACAUUCUGCUUACCAAUUUAUUAUAAAUGAGGGUUUAGGGCAGCUGAUUAUGCACAUUUUUAAAAAGCAUUGGUUAUAUUUAGUACGGGCUAAUGGCUGUUUUUUUUUUUGCUAAAACUAAAGAAAGCCAUAUUUUUCUUAGUCAGGAAAAGUCAUUUGUCAUUCAUAUUAGCUGAUGUGUUCAAAUAUUUGCAUUAAAAAGAGCUUUACAAACAUUUUCUCACAGUCGCAUAAAAAAAAUUAACAUUUUUUUAAUAAAAAAAUUAAAAAGCUAAAAACUUUCCUAUCUUUUUUUUUAUUUUUUAUUUUUUUGUCUUUUGCAGCGCUUCAUAUAAACAUUUCGUGAGGAGUGAGUCUUUAAAAAAAAGUUUUGAAUUAUUUGAAAUAAGAUCUCGCCUUAAGAGUGCUUUUUAAAAAAAUAAUAAUAAUUUAGAUAGUACAAACAUUGUUUUAUAAAUGGCUGUUUCAGCACGUUUUUCUUUAAUUUUAGUAUUUCAGCACUUAAACUUUUCGUAAACUUUUACACGACUUUUCUCCAGGUUUGCUACACAGGGGUGAGGGCCCAAGGCCUGUCCGCUGCCUAAAGAAAGAUCCUUUGUGAAAGAAGUUCCGUGUUUUCUUGACGACUGCUUCAUCGUUCCGUGCCACGUUCAUUUAACACUCUUUAAGCCUACAUUACUGAACAUAGAGCACUUGUCCUCAAUCCAGAUCCAGUCCAGAUCACCACAGUAUCAUUAUUAUCAUUAUUACUAAGCUGUUAGGUAAACCUCAGCUCACUGUUACUGGAUAUUAGUACUCAGAUUAGUACUCAGAGUGAGUACCGUGGUCUCAAACCGCAUACAGCAACGUGUACAGCAACAUGGCGCUACGCUAACGUGUACAUUUCAAUGUGAACCUGUGUGUGGGCAUGUGUGUAUCUUGGAUGUGUUUCCACCUUUUUUAUGUCGCCAGAUAACCAAUCGCACGCAUGACGACUACGUGAGCUAUUUUCGGUUUGAAUGCUGCAGCAGUCCCUCUUUGCAAAGGAUCGUUUUUACCUCUGAAUAUAAUUGCUGUGCCUUUGUUUUAAGCUAGCCUUGCCAACGACUUGUAGUGCAUUUUGAAAUGAUUCAUUCUUUUGUUCUUUUCCUCUUUUUUUUUUUUUGGUAAAUUGUAAGCCUGAUGGAUUGAUUUUAUAUCAUUGCUGAUCUGUUGAAAUGAGAGUUCUUCUAGUUCUCUAUAUUUAUAUACUGUAUUCUCCAUAUCUCCAUUGUCCAGUUUAAUAUUUACUUUAUGACUUUUUUUCUUGUUCUUUUAAUUUAAUAUGUUGACACAAGCUGUGAAAAAAAAACAGUUCUGCACUUUAAAUUCUGGCCGUGGAAAAAAAAUUGAGAAUCCAAGGAGUCGACAACAUUUGAUUGCAGCUGGAAUAAAUUUGCCGCUCCUUAACCGUUCAA